GCAGCUCGGCGGCCGCGGCAGCGGCGGGGGUGCGCGGGCCGGCGGCGCCGCGCGGGGCCAGGAAGCCCUGCGCAGCUCGGUGCUGGCGCUGCGGAGAGCGGGCGACGCGCAGGCCGCGGCCCCGGUGGCGGCGGCGCUGCACGCGGCUCUCCUCGCGGUGGAGGCUUCGAACGCCCAGGUGGACGGAGCGCUCGUCGGCAUGGCGGCCGCGCAGGCUUCGCGCCUUGGGCUUCGGGCUCUGAUCGACGCGCUGUGCACGUUCGCGUGGAGCCGCCUGUCGCAGUGCGGAGGCCGCGAGGUGGCCGAGCUGGUGUCCGCGGCC